AUGACUUCAUCCCUCGAGACAAAUCAACCCUUUGCCGCUCCACCAGGAGCUGUUGCAAGCCUUUAUAUGAUUGAUACGACUGGCACUAUUGAUAAUAUACCUUGUGGUAAUUUGGUCACACCAGACUUGCCUACAUUUGAAAAGUUCAACAAGAUACCGAGUUGGGCAUUUCUGAUCGAAACCGAUACCCCCCAAGGAGCACGAAGAGUGCUUUUUGAUUUGGGAAUCCCACAGGAGGUGUAUAAGCUACCCCCGGUGAUAUCUGACAGGCUCAAAGCUAAAGGAACCAUCAUUGAUGUGCCUAAGACCACCGCAAAGAUUCUUCAGGAAAAUAACGUCGACUUACGCAGUAUAAAAGCAGUGAUAUGGAGCCACUGGCACUGGGACCAUCAGGGCGACAUUCAGCAGUUUCCCUCCUCCACAGACCUGGUUGUCGGCCCUGGCUUCACCGAAGAAUUCCUCCCUGCCUACCCUACAGAGCCACAAUCACCCAUUCGGCACGAUGACCUCAAAGGACGGAAGCUAGUAGAGCUCACGUUUGAAGAUUCGGAGACGAUCUCGAUUGGUAAAUACAGAGCCCUAGAUUAUUUCGGUGACGGAUCCUUUUACAUCCUAGACACCCCUGGUCAUGCAGUGGGACAUUUGGGGGGCCUUGUCCGCACGACGAACGAUCCAGACACAUUUGCGUUCCUCGGUGGAGAUUUAACUCACCAUGGAGGCGAGCUUCGUCCUUCUCAAUACCUUAGCCUUGCAUCUGCUGCGGCCAAGGUGUCCAAAAAGGGACGUGAGAAUGAAGCAGCCAACGCCCUCGGAUUGCUUCAAACAUCGCGAGGUCGCAAAAUCGAUCAGGCGUUCUUUGAUCCUGUCAUAACUUGUGAUUUUGACCAGGCCCUGAAAACAAUCGCCUACGCGCAAGAGGCCGAUGGGAAGGAAAAUAUUUUCUACAUCGCAGCCCACGAUGAGAAUCUCAAGGGUGUGGUGGACGUCUUCCCCAGGAAGGUAAAUGAUUGGAAACGUCAGGGCUGGCGGGAGGAGACACUAUGGAAGUUUCUGGGUGACUUUCGAAGGAGUGUUCAAUCAAAAGAUGCUUUCAAUCGAGCCAUUAUGCAAUACAAUUGCUAG